AUGCCAGUUGGCGCACGGGUAGGUAUUAUGUACCUCGCGCCCUCCCCCGCCUCCGGCUCGGCGGCGCGUUGCGCGCGUUGGGACCCCAACGUGGCCGACGCGGUCGGCGUCUCGCACGACGACGGCUCCUUCGUCUACUCGCAGCCGGGCAGCCGCCCUCUCCGGCUGCAGCUCCACACUGAGGCGACAAAGGGAGCCGCCGCCGCAGCGGGUCCGCCACGUCGGCCCUCGCUGGUGCCGGUCGAUGCGGCGUGGUCGCACUGGGCCUUCCUCCCCGGCGCCGCCGGCGGCGUCCUCAUCGUCCUGCGCCACACGCGCCUCGAGUCGCUCGACGCGCCUGCGCCCAUCUCUGCGCUGUGCGUGUCUCGCGCCUGCUUCCACGACGGCUCGCAUGCGGCGCCGGUGACGGCGCUCGCGCUCCUUGCGGCCGAGGCAUGCGGCGCGCAGACGUCUCUGUGCGCGUCGGCGGCCGCGGACCAGAGCGUCGUCCUCGGCGAGGCGAAGGGCGAGGCGAAGGGGCGGGCCUUGGGCACGGGGCGGGCCUUGGGCACGGGCACCGCCGCCGCGCCCUCCCCGGCCCAGCUCGACGGCGGCCUCGGCGGCAGCAGCCCUGUGGCAGGCUGCGGCACCCCGUGGACGCCUGGCCGCCCCUCGGCCGGCAGCGGCAGCGCCUCCCAUUGGGCCUCCAGUGGUGUGCCUUGGGGCCUCGGGGGCGACGGUACCCCGGGGCAGAGCGGCUACUCCUCCGACACCGCCUGGAGCGCGCCGCCCCGCAGCGCCGUCCCGUCUCCGAGCCGCAACGCCGCUCCGCCCUCCCCCUGUGGAGCAUCCGCGGAUGCGCCUCUCGAUGCGGUCCCCGGCAUGCACGCGUGCCGAGAGGCGGCGCCCGAGGCGGGAACGGAGGCGGCGGCAGAGCCGCGCGCCAACGGGGCGGGCCAGGCGGCGGAGGUUCGUUUUGCGGCGCCGCUCGGGACGACGGCGCCGGUGACGGUCGCUCUUCCCCCACGGCCGGCGGAGCCUCCUCCAGCACCCCACCUCCGGCUCGGGAACCCGGAGCGCGUGCGGGCGCUGCUCGCCCCUCCGCCCGUCGGCGGUGCGCCGGCGCUCGCCGCCCCGUCGGUUCAUUCCUCGGGGCUGCUGCGCGCGCGCGCCGUCGCGGCGGAGGCGGAGCAGGAGGCGCGCGGGCGGGACUUGUUCGCGCAAGAGGUGGAGCGGCGGGCGCUCCGAGAGGCGAGUCGGGCCCUCGAGGCGCCGCUGCACGAGGCCACACGGUACGGGCCGCUGCCGAGCCUGCAAGAGCCGGGCAGCGGUAAGGCGCGGCCGAGGGCGCGCCGCGCCGACAACCCGCGCUGGCUCGCGGCAGCACGGGAGCUGCAGCCCGACUUGCGCGACCUCUUCACAGCAGACCGCGAGCCGGAGGCCACCGACACGGAGAGCCACGGGAUCCCGACGCCCGGCGUGCUGCGGAGCCUGCGCCCGCGCCCAGACGUCGCCGUUUCUCCCGCGAUCUGGCCGAGCGCGCUGUGGAAUCGGCCGAGGCAGCGCUCAGAGGUGACGUUUGACUAAGCGAGGGCGAAUCGAUUCCGUCUAUUGCUACAACACAUUCUCGUUUACCUGGAUUAGCCCCAAGACGCGAUGCGAGUAUUUGACACCUCCUCUCUCGGAUACACGAGGCAUCGUAUAGAAUAUAUUAUUUGACAUGUCUUU